AUGUCACCCAUUCUCGAUUCCCUGGUUGCUGAGGAGGAACGCCAGCGGGAAGCAGAGCUUAGGAAACAAGCAGAGGAACGCCAACGGCAAGCAGAAGAACACCAGCGGCUAGCAGAGCAGGAAAGGGACCAGGGAAGAGAAAAAACACGACAAACAACCUUUGCUGAGCUUAUUCAUUUCUGUCACGUCUACUUUUCUCGAUCUCUGCGAGCUGAAAGGAAGAUACCAGCGCCUACUGGGAAACGCUCCGAGCAGCAAAAGGUCUAUCACUCUGUUUGCGCCUAUCUUAUAUUAUCCAGUCAGCCUGCUAGGGUAAUAAACAGUGAGCAGGAUUUAGAGAGCUACAAGCAGUUCAGUGUGGAGGAUUAUAUUUAUAAUAUCAUCAUAAAGCUCUAUAAGAUACCUGCUGCUCGAGAAGAAUUUUGCUUAGUUGAUGCCGACCAGUCGCAGACAGAUAAAUCGUCAAGUUCCGGAUGUUUCCGACCAGAUCAAUAUUGUAUAUACUGUAUUGAUAAUAAUAAUAAUAUAAUUAUCAUAAUAGUUGAGUAUAAGCCGCCUCAUAAACUAUCUGUAAAGAAUCUUCAAGCAGGUUUAUAA